UCCAUUGGAUGGGCAAUGGGUGCGUGGGCUCCAGCUGCCUCGGCGGCCCAGGCGCUGGCCAGGUGGGACCCUCAGGACACCUGGGCGACCCGCGACGCUGCUCACUAGUCACACCGCCGGAGCCCCGGGGCCCAUGCGACACAGCUGCGCGCUGUGCUGGAGGCCGAAGACCCUGCGAGUUCUGAGCGAGGCCCAUGGAUGUGGAAGGCCCCCCGGGUCCCGGAUCCCAUGUUCUCCCCGCACAGUUAUGACGCCCUGCACGACGGCAGCUCGGGCCCCUCGGGUGCGGACGGCACGGCCAGCGGCCCGCAGGACGCGCGGGCCCCCCGGGGAAGCAGCACCUGCCCGGGGCCCCCUCUGAGGCGGCGCGGCGGCGUGGUGGACCACCGGGAUGUCAUCUUGGCCCACCAGGCGCACAAGGUCCACAGCACCCCGCAGGCCAGGAGGAAGGAAUGGGAAAUGGCCCGCUUCGGAGACGAGAUGCCGGCCCGCUACGGGGGAGGAGGCUCCGGGGCAGCCGCCGGGGUGGUCGUGGGCGCCGGAGGCGGGCGAGGAGCCGGGGGCAGCCGGCAGGGCGGGCAGCCCGGGGCGCAAAGGAUGUACAAGCAGUCCAUGGCGCAGAGAGCGCGGACCAUGGCCCUCUACAACCCCAUCCCCGUCCGACAGAACUGCCUCACGGUCAACCGGUCGCUCUUCCUCUUCAGCGAGGACAACGUGGUGAGGAAAUACGCCAAAAAGAUCACCGAAUGGCCAUAUCCUUUGCCCGAGCCCGGCAGCGAGCCCCGAGAGCGGAAGAGCAGCCUCUUCUGGCAGCCAGCCAGCCAGGUUCCAACCUUCCAACCAGCCUCCAAGGUCCAGGAUGACACCGAACCAUACUUCAUUGGAAUUUUUUGUUUCGAGGCUGGCAUUAAAAUCAUCGCCCUGGGGUUUGCCUUCCACAAAGGCUCUUACCUAAGGAACGGCUGGAACGUGAUGGACUUUGUGGUGGUGCUAACGGGCAUCUUGGCGACAGUUGGGACGGAGUUUGACCUGCGGACCCUGAGGGCAGUCCGUGUGCUGAGACCACUCAAGCUGGUGUCUGGAAUCCCAAGUUUACAAGUCGUCCUGAAGUCGAUCAUGAAGGCCAUGAUCCCCCUGCUGCAGAUCGGCCUCCUCCUAUUUUUUGCAAUCCUUAUUUUUGCAAUCAUAGGGUUAGAAUUUUAUAUGGGAAAAUUUCAUACCACCUGCUUUGAAGAGGGGACAGAUGACAUUCAGGGUGAGUCUCCAGCUCCAUGUGGGACAGAGGAACCCGCCCGCACCUGCCCCAAUGGGACCAAAUGUCAGCCCUACUGGGAAGGGCCCAACAAUGGAAUCACUCAGUUCGACAACAUCCUGUUUGCAGUGCUGACUGUUUUCCAGUGCAUCACCAUGGAAGGGUGGACUGACCUCCUCUACAAUAGCAACGACGCCUCAGGGAACACUUGGAAUUGGCUGUACUUCAUCCCUCUCAUCAUCAUUGGCUCCUUUUUUAUGCUGAACCUCGUGCUGGGUGUGCUGUCAGGGGAGUUUGCCAAAGAAAGGGAGCGGGUGGAGAACCGGAGGGCUUUUCUGAAGCUGAGGCGGCAGCAGCAGAUCGAGCGGGAGCUCAACGGGUACAUGGAGUGGAUCUCGAAAGCAGAAGAGGUGAUCCUUGCCGAGGAUGAGACCGAUGGGGACCAGAGGCAUCCCUUUGAUGCUCUGCGGAGAGCCACCGUAAAGAAGAGCAAGACAGACCUGCUCCACCCCGAGGAGGCCGAGGACCAGCUGGCCGACAUCGCCUCCGUGGGGUCUCCCUUUGCCCGAGCCAGCAUUAAAAGUGCCAAGCUGGAGAACUCGACUUUUUUUCACAAAAAGGAGAGGAGGAUGCGCUUCUACAUCCGCCGCAUGGUCAAAACUCAGGCCUUCUACUGGACUGUCCUCAGUCUGGUAGCCCUCAACACGCUGUGUGUGGCUAUCGUCCACUACAACCAGCCCGAGUGGCUCUCGGACUUCCUCUACUAUGCAGAAUUCAUUUUCUUAGGACUCUUUAUGUCCGAAAUGUUUAUAAAAAUGUACGGGCUUGGGACGCGGCCUUACUUCCACUCCUCCUUCAACUGCUUUGACUGUGGGGUUAUCAUUGGGAGCAUCUUCGAGGUCAUCUGGGCCGUCAUAAAACCUGGCACAUCCUUUGGAAUCAGCGUGUUACGAGCCCUCAGGUUAUUGCGUAUUUUCAAAGUCACAAAGUACUGGGCAUCUCUCAGGAACCUGGUCGUCUCUCUUCUCAACUCCAUGAAAUCCAUCAUCAGUCUGUUGUUCCUCCUCUUCCUGUUCAUCGUGGUCUUCGCCCUUUUGGGAAUGCAGCUCUUCGGCGGCCAGUUCAACUUCGACGACGGGACUCCUCCUACCAACUUCGACACUUUUCCAGCAGCAAUAAUGACGGUGUUUCAGAUCCUGACGGGCGAAGACUGGAACGAGGUCAUGUAUGACGGCAUCAAGUCCCAGGGGGGCGUGCAGGGGGGCAUGGUGUUCUCCAUCUACUUCAUCGUGCUGACGCUCUUCGGGAACUACACCCUCCUGAAUGUGUUCUUGGCCAUCGCGGUGGAUAAUUUGGCCAACGCCCAGGAGCUCACCAAGGACGAGCAAGAAGAAGAGGAGGCAGCCAACCAGAAACUCGCCCUGCAGAAGGCCAAGGAGGUGGCAGAAGUGAGCCCGCUGUCGGCAGCCAACAUGUCCAUAGCUGUGAAGGAGCAGCAGAAGAACCAGAAGCCCGCCAAGUCUGUGUGGGAGCAGCGCACCAGCGAGAUGCGGAAGCAGAACCUGCUGGCCAGCCGGGAGGCGCUCUACAACGAGAUGGACCCCGAGGAGCGCUGGAAGGCCUCCUAUGCCCGCCAUCUGCGGCCUGACAUGAAGACCCACCUGGACCGGCCGCUGGUGGUCGACCCCCAGGAGAACCGCAACAACAACACCAACAAGAGCCGCGCGGCCGAGCCCACCGUGGACCAGCGCCUGGGCCAGCAGCGGGCCGAGGACUUCCUCAGGAAGCAGGCCCGCUACCACGACCGCGCCCGGGACCCCAGCGCCCCUCUGGAAAAUACCGUGGGCCCCAGUCCCGGCCGGGAGCCGCAGGGGGGCUGCAGAGAGAACCAGGGCUCCGGGGUCCCCGUGUCGGGCCCCAACCUGUCGACCACCCGGCCCAUCCAGCAGGACCUAGGCCGCCAGGACCCGCCGUUGGCCGAGGACAUCGACAACAUGAGGAACAGCAAGCUGGCCACCGCGGGGUCCGCCGGCACCCACGACGGCCUCGGACGCCCCGGCCCGCCCCCGAGCCCCGCCAGGACCGCGAACAGCCUCAACCACACCGUCGUCCAAGUGAACAAAAACGCCAACCCAGACCCACUGCCAAAAAAGGAGGAGAAGAAGGAGGAGGAGGAUGAUGGCGGUGGGGAAGACGGCCCCAAGCCCAUGCCCCCCUACAGCUCCAUGUUCAUCCUCUCCACGACCAACCCCCUCCGCCGCCUGUGCCAUUACAUCCUGAACCUGCGCUACUUUGAGAUGUGCAUCCUCAUGGUCAUCGCCAUGAGCAGCAUUGCCCUGGCGGCCGAGGACCCCGUGCAGCCCAACGCACCACGAAACAACGUGCUGCGAUAUUUUGACUACGUUUUUACAGGCGUCUUUACCUUUGAGAUGGUGAUCAAGAUGAUCGACCUGGGGCUCGUCCUGCACCAGGGUGCCUACUUCCGCGACCUCUGGAACAUUCUCGACUUCAUAGUGGUCAGUGGGGCCCUGGUGGCCUUUGCCUUCACUGGCAACAGCAAAGGGAAGGACAUCAACACCAUUAAAUCCCUCCGAGUCCUCCGGGUGCUACGACCUCUUAAAACCAUCAAGCGGUUGCCAAAGCUCAAGGCCGUGUUCGACUGUGUGGUGAACUCACUCAAGAACGUCUUUAACAUCCUCAUCGUCUACAUGCUGUUCAUGUUCAUCUUCGCCGUGGUGGCCGUGCAGCUGUUCAAGGGCAAGUUCUUCCACUGCACCGACGAGUCCAAGGAGUUCGAGAAAGACUGUCGCGGCAAGUACCUCCUGUAUGAGAAAAAUGAGGUGAAGGCCCGGGACAGGCAGUGGAAGAAGUACGAAUUCCAUUAUGACAACGUGCUGUGGGCCCUGCUGACUCUCUUCACCGUGUCCACUGGAGAAGGCUGGCCACAGGUCCUCAAGCACUCUGUGGAUGCCACCUUCGAGAACCAGGGCCCUAGCCCCGGGUACCGCAUGGAGAUGUCCAUCUUCUACGUCGUCUACUUCGUGGUGUUCCCCUUCUUCUUCGUCAAUAUCUUCGUGGCCUUGAUCAUCAUCACCUUCCAGGAACAGGGGGACAAGAUGAUGGAGGAGUACAGCCUGGAGAAAAAUGAGCGGGCCUGCAUCGACUUCGCCAUCAGUGCCAAACCGCUGACCCGACACAUGCCCCAGAACAAGCAAAGCUUCCAGUACCGCAUGUGGCAGUUUGUGGUGUCCCCCCCUUUCGAGUACACCAUCAUGGCCAUGAUCGCCCUCAAUACCAUCGUGCUCAUGAUGAAGUUCUACGGGGCCUCCGUGGCUUACGAAAACGCCCUGAGGGUAUUCAACAUCGUCUUCACCUCCCUCUUCUCUCUGGAAUGUGUGCUGAAAGUCAUGGCUUUUGGGAUUCUGAAUUAUUUUCGCGAUGCCUGGAACAUCUUCGACUUUGUGACUGUUCUGGGCAGCAUCACCGACAUCCUCGUGACUGAGUUUGGGAAUCCGAACAACUUCAUCAACUUGAGCUUUCUCCGCCUCUUCCGAGCUGCCCGGCUCAUCAAACUCCUCCGUCAGGGCUAUACCAUCCGAAUUCUUCUCUGGACCUUUGUGCAGUCCUUCAAGGCCCUGCCCUAUGUCUGUCUGCUGAUUGCCAUGCUUUUCUUUAUCUACGCCAUCAUCGGGAUGCAGGUGUUUGGCAACAUCGGCAUCGACGUGGAGGAUGAGGACAGUGAUGAGGAUGAGUUCCAAAUCACUGAGCACAAUAACUUCCGGACCUUCUUCCAGGCCCUUAUGCUUCUGUUCAGGAGUGCCACUGGGGAGGCCUGGCACAACAUCAUGCUCUCCUGCCUCAGCGGGAAGCCGUGCGAUAAGAACUCUGGCAUCCUGACUCCCGAGUGCGGCAAUGAAUUUGCCUAUUUCUACUUCGUUUCCUUCAUCUUCCUGUGCUCCUUUCUGAUGCUGAACCUCUUUGUCGCCGUCAUCAUGGACAACUUUGAGUACCUCACCCGAGAUUCCUCCAUCCUGGGCCCCCACCACCUGGAUGAGUACGUGCGUGUCUGGGCCGAGUACGACCCCGCAGCGUGGGGCCGCAUGCCUUACCCGGACAUGUAUCAGAUGCUGAGACACAUGUCUCCGCCCCUGGGUCUGGGGAAGAAGUGCCCGGCCAGAGUGGCUUACAAGAGGCUCCUUCGCAUGGAUCUGCCCGUGGCCGAUGACAACACCGUCCACUUCAACUCCACCCUCAUGGCUCUGAUCCGCACGGCCCUGGACAUCAAGAUCGCCAAGGGAGGAGCUGACAAACAGCAGAUGGACGCUGAGCUGCGGAAGGAGAUGAUGGCCAUCUGGCCCAACCUGUCCCAGAAGACCCUGGACCUGCUGGUCACCCCACACAAGUCCACAGACCUGACAGUGGGGAAGAUCUACGCAGCCAUGAUGAUUAUGGAAUACUACCGGCAGAGCAAAGCCAAGAAGCUGCAGGCCCUGCGGGAGGAGCAGAACCGGACACCACUCAUGUUCCAGCGCAUGGAGCCACCGUCUCCAACCCAGGAGGGGGGGCCUGGCCAGAACGCCCUCCCGUCCUCCCAGCUGGACCCAGGAGGAGGCCUGUUGGCUCAUGAAAGCGGCAUCAAGGAGAGCCCGUCCUGGGUGACCCAGCGAGCCCAGGAGAUGUUCCAGAAGACGGGGACGUGGAGCCCGGAGCGGGGGCCUCCCACCGACAUGCCCAACAGCCAGCCCAACUCCCAGUCCGUGGAGAUGCGAGAGAUGGGCAGAGAUGGUUACUCAGACACUGAGCACUACCUCCCCAUGGAAGGUCAGGCCCGGGCUGCCUCGAUGCCCCGCCUCCCCGCGGAGAACCAGAGGAGAAGGGGCCGGCCACGUGGGAAUAACCUCAGUACCAUCUCAGAUAGCAGCCCCAUGAAGCGCUCGGCCUCUGUGCUGGGCCCCAAGGCCCGGCGCCUGGACGACUACUCUCUGGAGAGGGUGCCACCAGAAGACACCCAGCGCCACCACCAGCGGCGACGAGACCGAGGCCACCGAGCCUCUGAACGCUCCCUGGGCCGCUGCACGGACGUGGACACAGGCUUGGGGACCGACCUAAGCAUGACCACCCAGUCCGGGGACCUGCCAUCUAAGGAGCGGGACCAGGAGCGGGGCCGGCCCAAGGACCGGAAACAUCGGCAGCACCAUCACCACCACCACCACCACCACCCCCCACCCCUGGACAAGGAGCGCUAUGCCCAGGAGCGGCCUGACCAUGGCCGGGCUCGGGCCCGGGACCAGCGCUGGUCCCGCUCACCCAGUGAGGGCCGUGAUCACAUGGUACACCGGCAGGGCAGUAGUUCCGUAAGUGGAAGCCCAGCCCCCUCAACAUCUGGUACCAGCACUCCGCGGCGGGGACGCCGCCAGCUCCCCCAGACCCCCUCCACCCCCCGGCCACACGUGUCCUAUUCCCCCGUGAUCCGUAAGGCCGGCGGCUCGGGGCCCCUGCAGCAGCAGCAGCAGCAGCAGCAGCAGCAGCCGGCGCGCCACCUCAUCGGGAAGGCUAAAGAUGGGGGCAAGGAAAUGGGGAGUCUGAAAGCCAAGUAUGCCAUGCAAAUGCCCUGA